AUAAAACUACAGCCUCCAAUUAAUCUCCGUUGCUUUCUCCCAUGGAUUCCCAGAAUCUUAGACAACGUUCCAGGGAUGAUUCCGGUGUUACCUCCGCCGCUUCCGCUACCGCUACCACCAACGAGAAGAGCAGAAACAGGCGAGAAAAGAGGAUGGAAAUGGCCAAACGUGGCCUACGAUCGUUAGUCAUAGCAGUUUCGCUCCCUUUGUCUCUCACCUUAUUGAAUAUCUACCUGUUUGGUUCAGGUCGUGGUUAUGGCGCUCAACCCAAACCCUUCUGGUUCCCUCCUUCGUGGCUUUUACAUACAGCUUGCUUGGCCGAGAGCUUCCUGAUGGGUCUCUCGGCUUGGUUCGUUUGGGCUGACGGCGGGUUUCACAUCAGGCCGACAGCUUUUUUUCUUUAUACGGCUUACUUAGGAUUGAGCUUGGCUUGGUUACCGACCGUGUUUUGGAUGGGAGCCAGUUGGGCCGGGUUACUUGUGAGCUUGGCGAUGGUUGCGACUCUGCUUGGGUGUUCCAGGGAUUUCGGAAAAGUGAAUCCGAUUGCUGGUAACUUGGUUUUGCCUUGUUUGGCAUGGGCUGCGUUCUUGGUCGUUGUAAAUUUAAAGCUCGUCUUCCUUUGAAGCAUACAUCGGUCAAAUGAUAGUUGUGUGUGUGUGUUUUGUAAAUCAAAUAAGAUCAAGCUGCACGUUUGUUC